AUGGAUUGGCCCUUGGUUAAGGAUCAAGAUGGGGUUGCUCUCAGAACUCUGACUUUCCAUGGGGUCCGCACAGUUGGUUAUAAUCGACAGGUGACAGCUUUGCGGUCGAGUUUAUUCGCUAAGGAGUAUCCCCUUGGCGAAGUGCCUAGCCCGGCAAAGACCUUUGUUAAGAGGUUCUUGGAAAAGAAGGGAGAGUUCCCUGCGCAAGGAUUUAGAACUCCUGGCUGGGUUCAUUCUCCAGCGGCGGGAUGGUGGGCCCAGAUGACCAAGUUUGUUCUAAAGGAAUUGGAAACUCCCCUCGCUCAAGCUGGGUUGUUGGUUCCUGAAGAGGAGCAGCCAGCUGAGCCUGCUCCAGGGGAAGAACAACGAGUGGUUGAUCCUCCCACAACGAGAGCGGCGGGGAAAAGAAAACUUUAUGCAGAUGAAGCUGGCAAAUAUGAUAAGCAGAUUCGUCGGAAACUUCUGGUGGAUUCUCCCCCCAAGGGCCAACAAAAAUCCAAGUUGAUGGCCGAGGCCAUCAGAGCUGCUGUAGAUGAAGAACAACAGGAAUCGUCCAUGGCGGGCCUGCCACAUAGAGCCGGACUUCGUUCUCACGGCCCAGCUUUAUCGGACGAAGCCUCUUCUUACCAUCCUCCUGAGGACCAAGAGGACGAAUUGUUGGAUGCAGAUGCAGAAUCUGCACCAGUGAUGGACCUUCCCAGGUCUCCUGUCUUAGAACCCGGGGGUCUUGAAGAGAAUCCAUCCCCUUCUCCUUCAGCCUUAGUGUCACAAGCUGGUGAUAUGGUUCCUAGUCCUACGACGGGACCUAUGAGAAGACCAACUGAUGGUGCAAGUCUUGAGCCCUCAGCUGCUCAGGAUGAUGAGGAGCGAGUUGAUUAUGACGACUCCCCAACUGAUGAUGCAGCUGACGAAGAUAGAGGCGAUGAGGACGCCGACGCUGGCAACAUGUCAGGUGGUGGUGAAGAUGAUGAUGAGCAUGAUUCCAUAGAUGACGUCACCACUUUUGAUGAUGAUGCCCCCAAGGUCCCAUCUGAUAAAGUAUCUGGUUAUACUCCUUUUCACAUCUCCGGUAAGUCUAGUUUCUUUCGACUUCUUCCGCUUGUGUUCUCUGCGUUCCGACCAUUUUUUCGUGCAGGUUCACCUACUCCCGGGACUACUUCAGCUGCUCCUUUAGAGCAAGAACCUGCGCAAGUGUUGGCUCUUCCACAAGAGCCACAUUUAUCUGGCUCUCCUACGGUGACUGUUCCGCCUGUAGCGUUGCCUGAAACUACUGCCGCUACUCCUCCUCCGGAACAACAGCUCGUGCAGGUAUCAGCUCCUAUGCAAGAGCAACCCCUGCCUGACUCUUCUGUAGUAGCUACUUCAUCAAAAGCGGUGAUGAAGAUCUCGCUCACCCCAACGGAGGCUGGGCCAAGCUCUUCUCAGGUGAAAGCAUGGAUGGCUUUGACCACAAGUCCUUCGCAAUUAAACAUUUCAAUUGCCUCUGCAGCUUCGGCACCUGGAUCGCCUGCUAGUCAUCAUCUUAACGCAUCAAUCUCAGCUGCUGAAGAGGUAUCUUCGGGUGCAAUUGUCAGUCUCGCUAAUGCACCUAAAUUCCUUCAAAUCUCCUUGGUGUAUCUAAACAGUCUUGCGAAGACGGUAGUUGAGUCCCUGAUGAAUGGCCAAGGAACUUUGAACUCCUUUCGACCUCUGCUGGAAGCAGGCUUAAACGGGGUCAGGAGCGUGGGCGAAACUCAAUGGUUCGAACACUGCUCAUAG